AUGGACAACCCUCCGCGAUUCGUGAUCGGGCACCAUGACCCAAAAAUUCCAAUCCCAGUCACACCCGAGACGAUACAGGAUGCGCACGCAGCAAAUUAUGAUAUGGUGACAACGCCAAUCACAACUCCACAUUUUCAUUCCAGGGUCUUGACUCUCCUCUCUUCAUCUCUUUCUCGAAAUGACGUCGAGUCUGGUGAAGAUAUUACCCAAUCCCGGAACGCUUCUCCAGUCGUUAUUCCACCUCUAGUACCAGCAGAUACGCCGUUGACCCCGAACGAAUCUAUCAGCCAGAUCAUCGCAGUCACAAGCUCAUGGAUUGAUCUGAGCUCGCCUGACCCAAUCAUUGCCGAUGUCUCGCGACAAGUCCUGAGGUUGGAGUUGGCAUAUGCUGCUUUCUGCGGAGUCACAUACGUUCUCAUUCCAGGGCCUCGCUUGCGUGGUCAAGGUGCAGUCAAUACCCAAGUUGCUCAGUAUGCCCGUGCCAUUCUGGAAGGUAUCAGCCAAGGCCCUUACAUGCAGCUAUACAUCUGGCUGCCUAUGAUCGAUCAUGUAGACGAGCAAGAAGACCAAAUGGGUGAUUUGGCGCCCUUUGCUCGCCAGCAGUUCUUGGAUCCAGAUGAGGCCGAAACAAGGAGGUUAGAUAUAUUCGGCUCCUGGCAGGCUUGGGACAUGAUUAGAUCGAUAUGUAAAUAUCCAUCUAGAAUGUGUGUAGCACUAUCCAUACCGAAACUUCUACCACCAACACCAGUCCAGUCUCGAUGGUACUCCGAACCAGUUCGCCUCAUCACCCUCGACGCCAAAAUCUUUGCGAAAAACCCCAAACUCUACCCUGUCCUACCUCGGGCACAUCAAGCAUUCAUAAGUCGUUUCGUUUCACUUCGAACUCCACCUUGGUUCCUCCUCUGCAACGUCGGACCAAUUCCAGCAACAACAAACACCCCCAAUGGUGCCAACGGAACGACAUUUCCAACUCUGGCAGAGGCGACAGAGAAUCCGCACAUUAAGGACCCGACGCCACAUCUAUCUUACAUGCGAAAUUUGCAGAACAAGCAACCCGUCCCGACCGCUUUAGAUCGCUUUGGUGCCGGAUACCAAGACUACCUUCAAGCGCCACUGCAACCACUGACCGUCAACUUGGAAAGCAUCACGUACGAGGUCUUCGAAAAAGACCCCAUCAAGUAUGCCUGGUACGAGCGAGCAAUUGCCCGCGCCCUGCACGACUGGAUCGAGCAAGGCAAACCGACAUCCAAUCCAGACGGUCGAGUCGUGGUAGCCGUGGUCGGCGCCGGUCGAGGUCCGCUCGUCACCCGUGCCCUCAAAGCAAGUGAAGAUGUCGGUGUCGAGAUCGACAUGUGGGCUCUCGAAAAAAACCCAAACGCAUUCGUCCUGCUCCAGCGCCACAACGAGACAACCUGGAACCAGCGCGUCAACCUGGUCAAGUCCGACAUGAGAACAUGGCGUGGCCCACUCCAGCCAGCAAGCUCUAAACCCACCCGCCGGAUCUACAAUACCGAGGACGGCACGCACGAUCACAACGAAGACACGAAAGACGCAGCACCCGGCACCUUUACGGGUUCUCCAUCUCUAGACUCCACAUAUCUUAUGGCCACCAGCAACCCAACCUCUGCACCGACACCCUAUAAGAUCGACAUUCUGAUCUCCGAGCUUCUAGGCUCAUUCGCCGAUAACGAGCUCUCGCCCGAAUGUCUCGACGGCGUGCAACAUCUGUUAAAUCCCGUCCACGGCAUCUCCAUCCCAGCAUCAUACACAGCGCACAUUACACCCAUCGCCGCGUCCAAACUUCAUUCAGACAUCAUGCACGGUAUGAGCCCGACCAACCCCAGCGCCGCGGAAACGCCGUACGUAGUCAUGCUGAACGCCAUCGACUUUCUCAGCACAACUACCCCUGAACCGUCGGCAACAGAAUCUCACCCAACAUCGCCAACACCAACGUCCCCAUCUACUUCGGGGCAAGCAACACCGUACUCCAAAGCCCAUACACCGCGACGCACUUCGCAAACCCCUGCACCCGCACAGAAUCAACCAUCAACACCAAUUCCCGUGAUAGGCACAACAUGGUCCUUCCACCAUCCCAACCCCUCCCUCCCUCCCAUGGUAGACGGCACACCCAGCAACGCGCACAACGCACGCAGCUCAACCCUCACAUUCUCCGUGCCCAACCGCGGCACUUGCAACGGUCUAGCCGGAUACUUUGAAACAGUCCUGUACCGGGGCGUCGAGCUCUCCACGAAUCCUAACACCAUGGACGCCAAGAGCGAGGGUAUGAUCAGUUGGUUUCCCAUAUAUUUCCCGCUGAAGGCUCCGCUCACUGUGCCUGAUAACGCGGAACUAAGCGUGACGAUGUGGCGGAGGACCGACGAUCGAAGGGUCUGGUAUGAGUGGAUUGUUGACGCGUUCAUAUACUUACCGUCAUCCACUGCAAAUGGCAAGGCAGGCGCGAUGUCUAGAGGUCCGAAAGUACGCGUCGGUGGGAGUGAACUGCACUCGUCGGAGAAGGAGGCUUGUUUGAUGUAGAGCUCGACCACUUGUUUGAGUGAGUCUGGUUCGUCGGCCUCUCUCGGCGUGGUGGUGCAAAAAAGGAGUAUGGCCAGCUGUACGAUCAGUCCCUUUCCGGGCCAGCCUGGACAGCCCAGGUCUUAAGUAAGCAAGUGAUGGGCCACUGUAUGAUAAAAGACA